AUGAAAUUCAGGCAGCCUGGUGACCCUGCCUGGGGGAAGCAUGCCGUCGGCUUUUGGGCAUCCGCAGGCACUGUGCGGACACGCAACGCAUCCCCGUCGGGCGACACACAGCAAGAUGGUCGCCCACCGACGAAACGCGCAAGAAAGGCAAUAAAUUGCGAGCCCUGUAGAAACAGCAAGCUCAAAUGCGACAGAAAUCGCCCAUGCUCAUCGUGUGUAUUACGAGGAACAACGGCUAUGUGCUACCAAGACGGAUCAGGCCACGAUGGCUCUAAUGUCCGCGGAGAUGACCAUCACUACGCCCGCAUUGAUCCCGCCCAGGAAAUUGCUCGACUGAGACACUCGAUUACCCUCCUCGAAGCGCAUAUAUUCCCUUCCCAUCGCAACAGCCAUGCACGCCGGCAGACCGACUACUCAACAAACCCUUCAUCGAACGCAUACCCUAACACCUCGAAUGGCAGCGGCCCUGGUAGCUCAGGGCAUGUAAAGAAGGAAGCGGUCGAUAUCGACGUCAGUGGCAAGGAUGGUUCAACCGAACCUGGCACACUUGGCCAGACCGGCGGAUUGUACACCGGUCCUACUAGUGCCAGAAUAUACCUCAAAGGCGAGAAUCGUGCUUCGGAUGAUGGUUCUCGACAGCCGUCCGUAGAAGACACACUAGCCGCUUCCACUAACUCCCUCCCACCAGACCACGACUCGGACCUCUUCAGCCAACUCCCCCCCAUCGACAUCCUCGACUCCCUCAUCGACUAUUACUUUGAGUAUUGCUCAUGGAUAUACCGGAGUAUCAAUGCUGAUUCCUUCCACACCAACUGGACAAAAUAUAAGAGUGGCGGUAUGGCAGAUCGCUUGACCUUGGCCACGGCAAGCGCCAUUGUUGCGCUUGCAGUACAUUAUUUGCCUGCCGGUCAUGGCCUGUUACGUGCAUGCAGUGCUGUCGAUAAUGGACAGGGUAGUGUUGGACUCGGUGUAGGCGAAACGGGAGAAGUCGAGGUCGAGGUCGUUGGCCUGCAUUACUAUCAACUCUCCGGCACUAUCCUUCAUCGCCGGCUUUCUACAUCACCUCGAUCCUAUACACUGGAACUUGUUGAACUCCUCCUACUUCGCGCGAACUAUCAAACCCUUCAUAAAUCCGAUGCCGAAGAGAUAUGGUCCAUCCUUGGUGAACUGAUCACCAUCUCCAAGGCUAUGGGUCUCCACCGUGAUCCUGGAAAAUGGCGAAUGCACAGGGACAUCGCAGAGCGCCGUCGCUGGGCGUGGUGGCACAUUGUCCUUCUAGAAAGAUGGCAAUGCUUCAUGUUCGGCCGGCCGCUCUUCAUCGCUAGUCAUCACUUUGACACCCAGAUGCCGAGCUAUUGCAAUCCCGAAUUGGACAAGACAGGGAGAUUGUAUCUUCCGAAUGUUGCGCUGUUUAGGCUGGCGGAUAUUCUUGGGGAUAUCAUGGACGAUGCGGUUUCGGUCAAGCCAGUCUCGUAUGAAAGUGUGUUGGCAAACGAUAGGGCGUUGACGCUGUGGAUGGAGAACAUACCCCCAGAGCUAGAUCUUGACGAUUAUCGGACAGCAAGGAAUCUAGCAUCAUCGGAUCCAUCGCUACGACGACUGGGUGUACAAAGCGUGGUUAUCCGAUCAUCGUACUACCACAUUCGGUUUACUCUACACCGGCCAUACACCAUCACGAGCAGCAAUGUAUCGUCGACCGGCAAAACAUCCACCCCGUUGCACUCCUCUAUCGACGCCAGUAAGACUGCUAAAUCACUUGAGAUUGCCGUCGGCGCAGCUGACAAGCUCAUCACCGUUGUCGACCAAUCGAGACCCGACUUCCUUGCAAAUUCGUCCCUCGCCGUACCCGGACAUAUGAACUGGAUGCCGUCUCAUUGCUUCUCGGCCGCCAUGUUCUUCUCGUUCCAGCUCAUAGCGAAUCCGGAUCAACCUGGGGCUGGGCUGUUCAGGGCUUGUAUUAAGAAGGCAAUGAGCAUGCUGGAGAGCAGUAAGGGCAUGCCGGUGGCGAACAAGGCAUUGGACAUGCUCACCGCGCUAGCACCGCUACAUGAACCCGAAUUCCCUUUGCUGCCCAAAGAAGUCAGGGAGGAGAAGCAGUCGAGGGUACUAGGUAUCGUGAGGAAGUUGGCGUUCCCGUAUUAUGAUUCCGGAAGCAAGACGAGAGGAGGCGGUAGUGCUUCGGAGUCCCCUGGUGGGAGGGUACUUUCGAGUCCUGCGCAGUCGAAUUCGAUGAGCCCGCCCCUGGUGAUGAUGCCCGGGUUGCCGCAUGCGUACGAGAAUGGGGGGAUGGGAGUUUCUUCUGUGAGGAGUACUUCGGCUGGUGGGGGGCAAAAUCAUCUUGCACCGAUAUAUACGACACAGUCGAUGAACGGGAUAGCAAGCGAUCAGAUGUAUUCGGCGACACAAACACAUUCGCCCCACGCUUCGCAGAUGUCACCAGUAAAUGGGCAUGGACACGGGCAUCAUUCACAAGGAUAUGCAAACGGCCAUGUCUCUGGGCCAGCGUAUACAAAUGGCUCUGGUCAUCAUCAUUCUCAAUCUCAUGCACAACACCAUGGACAAAAUGGGCAGAUCUAUACCGAAGGCGGGCGGUAUGCGCAAUACGUUACGCCUGUGGACGAUCCAGCAAGCUGGGGCGCGUCGGUCGGUUUCGGACAAGGAGAGUGGGCGCAGUUCCUGGACGGGCUGGGGCCCGGGGCGGGAGUGGGGAUGAGGCAUUUGCCUGUUACGUGA